CAUGAUCUCGUGUGCUGAGCAGCGAAGCCGGCGGGGAGAGGCCAGCAGAGGCCCAGCUCUGGUAGCUCCAGCUUCCCUCCUGUUCUGGCUCCCCUGGGGCUGCUCUGGAAUUCUCCCGGUGCCCGCUGUUGCCAUGCACUCAGCUGGGCCUCAGGGGGCGGAGUCCCCAUGGAGCAGGCAGGAAGAGAAGGACGCAGAGCUGGACCGGAGGAUAAUUGCCCUUCGCAAGAAGAACCAGGCCUUGCUACGCAGGUACCAGGAGAUCCAGGAAGACCGUCGGCAGGCGGAGCAGGGGGGCAUGGCUGUAACCACACCAGAACUCCUUCGGCCCGACGGCCUCACUGUGACGAUCAGCCAGGUUCCUGGUGAGAAGCGGGUGGUCAGCCAGAACUGGACAAGGAACACCCUCGGACCGGGAGCAGGUAGUGAGAUGCUGGAGGACGAGGAGGCAGAUGCCCACACGGGUGCUUUCUGCAUGGGGGAGCGGGUGGAGCUGGCCGUGACCAUGGAAAACAAAGCCAAGGCCAAGCGGAUCGUAAGUGAGAAACCCAGCAAGGCAAGGAAGCAGGGGACAGAAGGGUCACCUGGAGGGGGAUUGGGCCAGAGCCCCCCCAGGCAGAUGGCCGUCAGCUCGGAUUCUGUGCGGAAGGGUUCUCGGGAACCCCGGAAUCCAGGCCGAGUCCCAGGUUCAGUUUCCCACCUGGAGGUGGACUGGGACUAUGCUCAGUGGAAGCAGGAGCGGGAACAGAUCGACCUGGCCCGCUUGGCCCGGCACAGAGAUGCACACGGUGACUGGCGCCGCCCGUGGGACCUGGACAAGGCCAAGCCCAUGCUACAGGACUCCAGCAAGCAUCGGCAAGAAGGCCCAGCUAGGGCAGGCAGCACCAGGGGUCCUAGGAGCCAACGGAAGCUGCAGCCCCCACCAUUGGGCCCUGAUGGCAAAGGUGGUAUGACUCGGGGCAGGCAACCCAGCAGACCCCCCAUGACUCUGGCCACACAUAGCAAAGCCCGGGGGACAGAGAGGCUGACUGGCAGGGCCCGCAGGUGGGAGAUGAAGGAAGACGAGGAGCUGGCGAGCCAGGAGGGACGCCAAAGCGCCAGAAAAACUCUAAGCGAAAAGGAACAAGCACAGAAGCAGAGCAAGACAGAGCCGGGCAGACCCACGAGUGCCCCAGCAACCAGCCCAGCUUUGGAGUCCCGAGAGGGACCAAGUGGGGAGUCAGGAACUUUGACAGCCAAUUUGGUUCCUUGCUCACCACAGAACACUGACUUGGUUCCUCUUGACCUCUCUUUAGGCGGGAUCAAUAGCCCUGGGCCCAGGGAGCAUGUGUGUGUGCCUAGUCCAACACCUGGGGACCAGGAGAGCCCUGGGUCCUGGCCAGAUGGUUCCCAGCAGCCCUUGGGGUGGAAUGGCCUCCAGGCUGAGCCAGAAGUCCAGACUUGCUCUGAGUUACAAGAAGCAGGGUCCCCAGAGUCCAGAGAAGACAGUAAGGCUAGGGCCCCACAGGGACUGGCGCCUCGGAGCAGGCCCCCCAGAGGUACUGGCCAGAGCACAAGGGGCACAGGAUGUGUAAAGAGCAGGACAGGUGGUCCUGGCCCUUCAGGAAGAUGCUGAGCAGGCUGCUGGGAGCUGGAGGUGCAGGCUGGGGAGAGGAGGAGGAAAGAAUAGUCUGGGUGGUGAGUGUCUGGUUGCCAGAGGUUGUAGCAGUCUGGUUGAGCAGUUUGGCAAACUGGUAGAGUGACAUUGUGAGGGAAGGAGGUGCGCUUCCCUGCACCUCUCGUGCACAUCCCUUUUUCCCUGGUGUCCUGCGCCUCAUCUGGUCUUUGCAGUGGGUGAGUUCUGUCCUGGGCCUCCUGCCACAAGCUGUGACAGGCCACAAGCUGCCCUUCCACGGUGAGAGAAGUCCAGCUCUGGCUCCUCAGGUGUCGGGAGGGCAUGCGCAGCCCAGGACUAGAUCUUUUCCUUCUGCUUUGCACCCAUGUGACUCACAGUCCCAGACUCAGAGGAUGGCCAAACUAGGGGAAUCUCAGCAACUGGCUGGCAACCAUCUGCCUUUCUGAAAGAGGAGGCCGAGGCCCAGAGAAAGGAGGGCAACAUCACUUGCAGGGACCGAGCUGGACAUAGAAGAAGAGCGCUCAGGCUCUCUCAGAGAAAGGGAGGGUCCCUGGGCAGACUUCCUCUCUGGAAUGGGCUGGGAGGCCCUAUGACCAGGAAUCACCCUCCCUGAUACCCAGGUCAGACAUCAAGCACACCAUGAAGGGGGGCAAGGCGAUAGCCCUGCAGCCUGGGGUGAUUCUUGCCAGCUUCUACUUCCUCUUCCUCCCCACCUCCCUGCACCAGGAUCACACAAAAGCAAGGUCUCAGAUAGGGACUCCAAAGGGAAAAGAGACACUCCGGCUAAGUAUGACAUCAGGAUCUGUCUUCCCUACUUAGUCUCCGUUCUUGCCCCUCCCCUGAGGCCCACGUCUGGUGAAUUAUCUAGACUCCGCACAAGCUGUGGCUUCCUUUCUAUUCAACAAACAUUUCCUGAGCACCCACUACCAGCCAUGUAGCCGGUGGGCGAUGGUGACUUAGCCAGCAGGAGGGAGGGAAGAAAUCUAGCCACCUAACAGACCCAGGCUGCACGGUAGGAGCCAAUCUCUACUGUAAGUGCCUAGCAAGGGCUAGGGAUGUUGGUGGCAAAGGUGUCACGCACGCCCUUUGCCCUCAAGCUCUUGCCUGGAUCCCCCCAAAUGAUAUACCCCAGUCCCCUCCUCUCUGGCCCUGCCAUGGUUGUUCCUUUCUGCUGGGGGGCCUGGGCCUCACCAGCCCAUUUGGAUUCUCUAGGAUAUGUCCAGGUCAUGCACAGUAUUUCUCCACUGUUGGGGGCCUGAGCUGUGGGGUCAGUCUGGGCUUCCUGACUGGCUCUUGUUCCCCCCUCUAUCCCCACUAUUUAGGAAGCGUAAGAGCCCCCCUUUUCAGCAGAGCAGACUGUUGAGAGCAGUGCCUCUCACAAAUUAAGGUACAGAGAGAAGAAUGUGGAUUCUAAUUUGGUAGGUCUGGGGUGGGCUGGAGGACUUGUGUUUCUAAGAAGUUCCGGGUGAUGCCUAUGCUGUAGAAUAUCUAUGGUGAGAACUAGGGGCAGAGACAGAGUCUAGAUGCUGAGGGCUGGUUGCUGGCUCUGGAGAGAGUUGGGGGACACUGUCCCAACCAGGUGGGAGCUUCCUGGCUUCAGAGUUGGGUGGGAAGCUGCCGGGGAGUGGGAAGG